AUUGCCUGCUCAUUCACCGACAUUCAUCUAACCCUUCUCAUGCAACCAGUCCCCCUGUACCCAAUAAUGGGCGGGUACGCCCUAGGUAUCCUGCCAAUCAAUUUUGAAAUUUCUUUUCAUUUUUGCAUGACCCUGUUAAUUUUUCUAUACAUUUAUCAAAUUGCUAGCAUGAUUCUUUGUUUCGUGCGGAAGAAUCAGUUGAUAGCCGGGAAGUUCAAAAUUUUUUCAAUACCUACACCAGUUACCGUAAUUCUUAUUGGUUUUCUUAUAGGAUAUGUGGUAUCGGUAGUUGGUGUGUAUUAUAGUUUGAGUAUUCCGGAAGAGGAGAAGAUACAAUUUGUGGAAGAGAACUUUCCCCAAUACCUUCUCUCCUUCCACACUCUUCCCAACUUUUCCAUAUAUCAACCCAACUCCAUGUUCCUUAUUAUGGUGAUUACUGCUGUCACGGGCGGUGUCCUAGCCUUUAUGUUCUUCUUGGCAGUAUUACUGAACAUUUUUCGAAUGCUCCGUUUUAUAAAAAUCCAAGUCUCAAGAAGCACCUUCAAUCGACACAGGGCAGCCGUAUGGAGCUUGAUUGCUCAAUUCACUACUUCAAUAAUUUGCUUUUUGCCGCCAAUAUCCCUGGUUUUUGUGUUAUUUUUCGAGCUUCCGCAUGCUCAGGUGAUCGGUGAGCUUCUUCUCGUCGUCGCCUGCCUCCACUCGCCGGCCAACGUGACAGUACUAACGAUCACAUUUCCUCCAUAUCGAACAUUUGUCGUUGAUACUAUAUUCAGAAAAAGUUUGGGACCGAUUCCUACAAAGUCUUCAGUGCUGGUUUCACAUGUGGACAAGUGA